AUGGCUGUGACCUUGAUUUUGGACAUCUACACUGCGGAUUAUAAAAGAUUCCUGAGGCAGCACUACGAUAACCCCAAAAGCAAAGAUGCAGAUAGUUACUGUAAUAAAAUCAUGCAAAAGCGUGGGUUGAGUAGUCCCAAAUGCAAGAUGAUGAACACUUUCAUCCAUGAUAUGAAGAAAAAAAUCAUCGACGUAUGCGGGAACCAAGGAGUACCUUUCAGAGGCAGAUUGCGGCGUAGCAAGGCCCAGUUCCAGGUUACCACCUGUAAAGCAAAAAGAUUUUCGGACAAACCCCCUUGUUAUUACAGGGAAGAUGCUUCACCCAGAUAUAUUGUCAUUGUUUGUAAGAAUGGGUUGCCUGUGCACUAUGAGGAAGGCAAAAACUACCAGUAUUUCAAAUUGAUCUGA